AUGCUUUCCCUCGCCCUCUUGUCCCUCUUAAGUCUCCCGUUCUCUUUCGGAGAACCUAUCCCUCGAUCGAUUUGUGUUCUAGACUGUCAGACCACCCAAGUAUACCCACCUAGGUCUAUCCCUACCGGACUGUCACCUUUCCGCCGUACGACUUAUACCGACGUUUUACUCGUUCAUGGUCGACCUACACACCAAGUUUGUUUAGCCGCUCCUCUCCCCCCAAUCGCCGGAACAGCGGUUAUAACCACUUCAUGCGAAGAGACAUCUGGGAAUGAUUGGUUGACUUGGAAUCUGACCAGUGGAGCGAGUACAAUAUCUUUUGAAUAUGAAGGAGUGACUUGGGCUUUACAAGCUGCGAGUUUUGACCCUAAUUGUUUGAUUGAGAUAUCCCCUCUUAGCUCAUCAGCAUCACAAUCAUGGAUCCUCACUUCUGACAAUCGUAUUCAAUUGGAAGGUCAGAAUCUCUGUAUACUUGGAGAUACAACCCCUAUCUUACAGGAUUGUACAGCUACGGACGGAGUGGAAACUUGGAUACCUACAACUCCGUAA